GCAAUCGUCAUGACGUUAUGUGGUAUGGUCAUGAUGUUAUGUGGUUUGGUCAUGAUUUUAUGGUCAUACUGUACUGUAUUUGACUAGUCGUUUCGGGCCGUAAAACUAUUCUUUCCGAUUUUACAACACACCUAGCGCGCGAAAAAAAAUGAAAAACAAAUUACCUUUUCCAACAUGACUUCAAAAUCAGAUUCUUCAAAUAAGGAUAUAUCACAAUGGGUUGCAUUUUUACCCAAAUGUGAGGUAACAGGGUCAGGUGAAGGGGAACGACCUGUGUUUAUCAAACUGCGACAUCCAAAAACUGAUAAGUGUGCAUUGUUUCUGGUUGGCAAUGACGGAUACAAGAUCUAUGAAUUGUUAGCAUUGAAGGAGAAGUACAGAUCAUGGUUUAUUGGAGACACAGUUCAAAGAGAUGGAAGUCUGCGAAUAACAACAUCAGUGGAUCCAUUGUUCUUGUUGCUUCCAUACCUGAUAAAGGCAGCAGAGAAUGGCAUGUACAUGACUCUAGACCAAUUAGUUGAUGACAAACAGUUCCCACAAUGCACUAGACUUUUAAAAUGUUGUGAAAAGUGUGACAUUAGCCAAGUAUCAGACUGUAAAGGAAGUGUCGAGUUCACAGCCUACCGAUACAGCGAAGACAAGACCAUUACAUGGCUGAAAGCGAAAGUUGAACAAGUAGCCACAAAGCUGGAGGAGAAGAGUAUCCAUGUGACAGGUGGUGCACAAUCAGCGACCUUCGUUAGGAGUAGCAAGGGAAAUGGAGCUUCAAAAGAAGACUACAUGAGGUAUGCUGUUGGGCUAGUCGGUGAUUACCUUCAAGUACCAUUAGCUCAGAAGCUAGCCAAGCAACUUGGCAUUGAAGAAAAGGUGGUGAGCCCUAAAAGUAGCGAGCCUGCUGCUAAGAAGAUCAAACUAUCAAAGGAUCUUCCAGAGGCUACGGAAGAUUAUAGCAAGUACUUCACAGAAAAGUCCUCAAAAACAAAGCCAAGCAAAUUAUCAGCUCAACAGAAAGGUCUUCAAAAGGUGGAUAAAUCGGGAAUGAAAAGCAUAUCCAGCUUCUUUCGCAAGUCUACCAAAUGAUCAUAUUUAUAUCAAUGUUUGAACUUUGAACUCAAGAGUGUUUCCAUCCAACAGUGCAGUAGUUAAUUAGAUGUGACACAUUCCAGUAUUUAACAAUAUAUUAAUUGACUUUUCACAAACCAAAGGUUGAAAGCUACUUUAAAAAUGUUAGAAAAUUCAUGACAGGGCAAAAUUAGCAUUGUUAAACAACUUUACAUUAUUCAAAUAUGGCAAUACUCUUGACAUUGAUUUGAAGAUUAUAAUGAUUAUGAUUAUGAUAAUAAGAUAAUAAUGACAACACCUGCAACUGUAAACAUGUUGACUGUUUUCUAGUUUAAAUGCAGAAUAAACUUGUAGGCCUACACCAACCCUACAA